AUGCAGUUGCUCAGUUACUCCUCGACCACCAAGGUGAUAAAGUCUAAGUACAUAAAGAUGCUCAGAAAUUUGUUGGUUCUGACGCUGCUGGGGUUAUGCUGUGGACAGACCGAUGAUUUAACGGAGCAGCAGAAACAAGAGGAGUUGACGCAACUGCUGCAGGAGAUUUUCGGCAACCCGUCAUCCACUCCCGCACCUACUGAAGCCAUUCCUGUUUCUUCUGUUCCGGUGUGCUAUACCGCGGCUGGUACAGAGGGGCAAUGUAUGACGCCCAGUAAUUGCUUAAGCGGAAACUCGCCGGACAGUAAGAAUUUCAAGGGGGAUUGCGUGCAAGGCGCCGAAGUUUGCUGCCCGCUAGACGACCUGAGCUUCACUCCAGUAGAAAAUAGCAGCGUGAUGAAGAAAACCGGCUGCGGAUGGCAAAAUACCGACGCCUUCGCGACGCGGGUGUUAUCGGACGGCGAAACCGCUUUCGCUGAGUUCCCUUGGAUGGUGGCCGUGCUGCAGCUGCAGGCGCUGGACGAGUCGGACCCCGCCAGCAAGAAGGUGUCGCUCUACACCGGCGGCGGGACCCUGAUCCACCCGAGGGUCGUGAUGACGGCGGCCCACGUGGUGCACAACACCAACAACACGCUCAGGGUGCGCGCCGGCGAGUGGGACACGCGCAGCACCGACGAGAUCUACCCCCAUCAGGACCGGCAGGUCGAGCGCAUGAUCCUCCAUGAGAGGUUCAACCGGACCAGGGCGAACCUGCACUACGACAUCGCACUGCUGGUGCUGGACAAGCCGCUGGAGCUGCAGCCGAACGUGAACACGUUGUGCCUGCCCUCGGAGUCCAGGGCCCCCGCGCCGGCCACCAGGUGCUUCUCCGCGGGCUGGGGCAAGGACAAGUUCGGCAAGGGGGGCUCCUACCAGGUCAUACCCAAGAAAGUCGAGGUGCCGGUGGUAGACAAGUCGUCGUGCCAGGAGCAGCUGCGCACCACCAGGCUGGGGGCGUUCUUCAAGCUGCACAAGAGCUUCCUCUGCGCCGGUGGGGAGGUGGGGAAGGACACGUGCAAGGGGGACGGCGGUUCCGCCCUCAUGUGCCCAGUGCCGGUCGAGGUGCCGGUGGUAGACAAGUCGUCGUGCCAGGAGCAGCUGCGCACAACCAGGCUGGGGGCGUUCUUCAAGCUGCACAAGAGCUUCCUCUGCGCCGGCGGGGAGGUGGGGAAGGACACGUGCAAGGGGGACGGCGGUUCCGCCCUCAUGUGCCCAGUGCCGGAGCAGAGCGGCCGCUUCAUGGCGAGCGGUAUGGUGGCGUGGGGCCUCGGCUGCGGGGAGACUUACCCGGCGGUUUACGCGGACAUCGCCUACCUGCGGCCGUGGGUGGACGCGAAGAUGGCCGCCCUCGGCUUCAGCACGGACUCGUACACCUAC